AUGUCGGAGGUUAAAAGAACCAUUAGGAUUACCACUGAGCAACAUGUAAUGAAAGAUCUCCCACCAGUUGAGAAUUUUCCAAUGAGAAAAUGGUCAAUUUCGAUAUCGAUGCUUGAUGCACAAGGGUCAGAAAUACCAGCCAAAAUUUUGGACAAGGUUACUUAUCAUUUGCAUCCAACGUUUGCCAAUCCAGUUAGAGUUACAAAACAACAACCUUUCAUAGUUGAAGAGCAAGGAUGGGGUGAGUUUGAUAUUCCAAUUGUAGUACAUAUAUUGGGGAUAAAUGGUAAACCAGGUGAACGUAAGUUCCAGCACGAUUUGAAUUUCUUGCAAGAAAAGUAUCACAAUGACCAUGUAAUUUCGAUCCCCGUUGGACCCAACAAGAACCCACAAUUGAACAAAUUUUUACUUGAAAGUGGUAGUUUGCCCUUUGACGAAGGCAGCAAUAACAGCAAUGGUCCCAGUGGGGUAAAGAGAAAAUUAGAAUCGAGUAAUGGACCAUCAUCGUCAAAUCAAGUUGCUGGGGACAAAAAUAAGAAAUCAAAGGGAGCAAUCAAAGGUAAUAUUGAUUUAGAAAAAUUGUCUAAUGGACUAACUAAAUUAAGUGAAGAUGAUUUGAUUGUGGUUGUUCAAAUGGUUACUGAUAAUAGAACGAAUGAAAUGAAUAUCAAGAAUGACGUCGAUAACGGUGAGUUUACUAUGGACUUGUAUACUUUGCCUGAUUCCUUGUUGAAGAGUUUAUGGGAUUAUGUUAAGAAACAUACAGGUGAAGCCUAG